GGUGACAUUACACACACACACAGGCACAGAGACACAGACACACACACAUACUGCUGAGGAUUCCACACACACUCAGACACAGACACACACAGAGACACAGACACACACACACACACACACACACACACGCACACAGGCACAGAGAGACACACACACGACACAAACACACACACACACACACGACACACACAGAUACACACAAACAGACACACACAGACACAGACACACACACACAGACAAACACACAGAGACACAGACACACACACACACACACACACACACACACACACAGUCACACGUACUGCUGCUACCAUCUGAGUGUCCCCACACUGAGCUCACCACCCACAUGGAACAUGGCAUCGGCUUGGCACACACCAGCUGAGUGUUAGACUCCUUCACGCGGCAGUGCUCUACCUUUGUGCGGGAGGAGAUUGUGUAUAUCCAUCGGUGUGGGUGUCUCUGAGAGGACUGCACCCACUGAACACCAGGCAGAGCAACAACGAGGGAAAGGGAAAGCGAAGGUGUUCAAUUCAUGGGGAGACUGACGUGUCUGAUUCUUCUCACUGUUCCCUGGGUGUUGCGAUGCUCUGGACAGUCUCCAGUUGGGAUCACUGUGGAAAGGGGCACAGUGCAGAGUGGGGUGGGCUGGAACACCACACUGUCUGUGGCCAAUAAUUCCGAGCUGUAUUCCGUCACCUGGCUGGAUCCGUCCGGGAGCAACAUCCUGACCCGGCUGAAUGACCGGCUGGAGGUGAAGGAUGGCACCGUGUAUACAGACCGCGUGCAACUCUACAGGAACAGCUCGCUGACCAUCUCCAACACCCGCCUGAGCGAUGAAGGGAGCUACACCGUUACCAUGGAUACCCCGGGAGGGUCCGAAUUCGGGCCCAACACUGCCGUGCUCGUCCUGGAGGUUUACGUGAUGGUCACCAACGUGUCGAUAGCCAUGACUCCCCUUGAAGUGUUUGAGGGCCGGUCUGAGGUCACACUGACCUGUAGCUCUCUGACUGGCUCACGAGUGACCUCGAGUUGGAUGAAGGAUGGGCGCUCUCUGACUAACAACAGCCGAGUCUCUGUCUCCGGGAACAUUGUGCAGAUUCAGUCUGUCAGCCGAGGAGAUGCGGGCACGUACAGCUGUACCAUCCAGAACCCGAUCAGUCAGAGCUCUGCCAACCAGACCCUCACUGUGUUCUAUGGUCCGGAAAACGCUGAGAUCCGCUCGGUCUUCCAGUCGGACUGUGCGACCAGUGGCCUGUUCCUCGCUGGUAGAGUUGGCACACUGACCUGCCAGGCCAUAUCCGUGCCAACCCCAGAAUACACCUGGUUACUGAAUGGCCAGGCUGUUGGACAGGGCAGUGUACUCUCGUUCUCUGGUCUCAGGGCUAACCAGACAGGAAACUAUACCUGUAUCGCUACAAACAACCGAAACAACAACCAACUCUCCGCAUCCACACAGCUCACUGUCGUCGGUUCCUGCCUGACCGUUGGGGGCGCGGUGGGAGUGGCUGUUGGAUCUGCUGCUGCCCUGAUACUCCUCAUCCUGCUGAUCGUGCUUCUGGUCAGACGCAAACGCACCCAGAAGGAGAAAGUAGCAAAGAUGGCUGCCUUCAGCUCCAGCAAGGAGAAGGUGAUCCCGUGGAUUAGUCAGAACCAAGGCCUGGAGCGGUCCGUCUCCCCCACUCCAGUUUACAGCUCCCGUCCGGAAUCUGUCUACAGCAGCUACCCGCCCUCCAAUGGCUCGAUGGUAGCAUCCACAGUCGAUGGUGGAGUCAGCACCUACUCCGUUCACACAGGACACACUGGGCAAUUGUCGACUUUGGUGUGAAGUGGAGUCGGGCGAGGGGAUGGUGACCCUGGACUGACCUCAAGGGGCAGACUGUUGGAGGGGGGGU